AUGACAACAUCAAAUACUGCUAAAUUUGAUUUUCAAUUCACAAACGACGUUCAAACAGUAACAUUAAGUCCCGGACGAUACCUUUUAGAAUGUUGGGGUUCACAAGGUGCUGGAUUUAAUGUACUCAGCACAGCUACCGAUGCAGGUAUUGGUGGCAAAGGUGGUUACUCUAAAGGAAUCCUUACUUUAUCAGAAUCUACAAAUAUUUUUGUUUAUGUUGGUGGCACAGGAACUACUACAAACACUCCAGGUACAAUUGGCAAAGGUGGAUUCAAUGGUGGUGGUUCUGCAUGGUGCACACAAUAUUCAGGUGAGCCAGGAUCAGGUGGUGGAGGUGCAAGUGAUAUCAGAUUAAACACAGAAUCACUUCAUUCACGUGUUAUUGUUGCCGGUGGUGGUGGUGGAGGAGGAGAAGAUAAAGACGAUUACGGCGGAUUUGGUGGCGGAAUCGAAGGUGGAUUUAAUUAUGGAAAGAAUUGGUCCCCUGGAAAUCAGUUCAAUUCAGGAAAUAAAGGUUCAGGAGGUCGAUUUGGAUAUGGCGCACACACCGAUUGGAAUGGUGGUGGUGCUGGUGGCGGUUGGUAUGGUGCAAAUGCAAUAAAUGGCAGUGAUACAGAGUAUACCAGUGGCCGUGCAGAGGAUACUAAUGGUGGAUCAGGAGGAAGUGGGUAUGUUUACACAGAAUCAACAUCAUCAUAUUAUCCAGACUGUCUUCUUUCUCCAGAUUAUUACCUUGAAGAAGCCGAAACCAUUCCUGGCAACACAACUAUCACCGAACCAGAUGGCACAACAAGUGUUGGCCAUUCCGGCAACGGAUUUGUUAGAAUUACCAUACUAAGUUUUAUUCCAGUUUCAUAUACAUUCAAAAAUGGAACAACGACAUAUUUGACAUUUGAUAACGAAACAUGUGGAGUCAAAGCUAAUAAUAAUCGAUAUUCAUGUCUCAAAGAUAUUUCGAUCCCAGAAUCCAUAAGAAAUUUCACAGUUGUUUCCAUUUUAGGAAGAUCUUUUGCCGGUGAUCAUUGUCUUGAAUCCGUCUUCAUUCCAAAGAGCGUUAUUUCUAUUCAUCAUUCUGCUUUCUUCUAUUGUGAUCAUCUUCGUAAUGUCACAUUCGAAACAGGUUCUAAGUUGACACACAUCAUGAACGAAAGUUUUGCUAUCACAAACAUCACAUCUAUCGAAAUUCCACACACAAUCACAUUCAUUGGUCACCACGCAUUCUACAACUGUCCUCUGCUCUCUUCAUUCUCUGCAUGCACAUUCAACACCAUCGACACAAGUAAUGUCUUCGAACUCUCCAACAAACUUCGAAACAUCAUUGUUUCAGUUUACUAUCCAAUUGAUUCAUUCAGUGACCUUCCAGUUGUUCGUUCUCAGCAAUUUUGCAAACAACUCAGCAGUUCUCUGAAAUGUCCCAACUCCAACAAUCUUAUCAUUCCAUAUCAUUUCCAACUUAAAAAAUUAUUAAGUAUUUGGCCAGUUCUUACGACUGGCAAAAGAUAA